AUGUCUGAUAACUCCAACAAGAAGCAGUUCUUGGUAGUCAUUCGCGACUACACGGAUGAAGGUGCUCUUGAGCGUCGCAUGGCUGCACGUCCCAAGCAUCUUGCUAUGGCGGAGACCUCUUAUCCAAACUAUAUUGUGUGCGGCGGUGCUAUCUUUGAUUCACACGAGAAUCGCAAAAUGGUUGGCAGUGCCAUGAUCUGUUUGGCCGAGUCUGAAGAAGAAUUGCGUGAAAAGAUUGCUCAAGAUCCCUAUGUCCUUGGGAAAGUUUGGGAAUCUUGGACUAUUUACCCUUACAGGAAUGCUGUUGGUCUUAAGUCUGAGCUCCCGGGUCCUGUGAUUGUUUAA